ACAACAAUAUGAACCAAGAAAAACUGGCCAAGCUUCAAGCGCAGGUCCGAAUAGGAGGAAAGGGUACAGCUCGCAGAAAGAAGAAGGUGGUGCACAGAACAGCUACAGCUGAUGACAAAAAACUUCAGAGUUCCCUCAAAAAACUGGCAGUAAAUAAUAUUGCUGGCAUCGAAGAGGUGAACAUGAUAAAAGAUGAUGGAACAGUUAUUCACUUCAACAACCCCAAGGUUCAAGCUUCCCUCUCUGCUAACACUUUUGCAAUCACUGGGCAUGCAGAGGCUAAACCGAUCACAGAAAUGCUUCCAGGCAUCUUAAGCCAGCUUGGUGCUGACAGCUUAACAAGUCUCAGGAAGUUAGCUGAACAAUUCCCAAGACAAGUGUUGGAUAGUAAAGCACCAAAAUCUGAAGAUAUUGAUGAAGAAGAUGAUGAUGUCCCAGAUCUCGUAGAAAAUUUUGAUGAAGCAUCAAAGAAUGAAGCUAACUAAAACAUUCAUAGUUCUGGAAGCUGGCAUGGACUAGAUUUAAGAAAUCAGCUAUGUGGUUCCAAAGUUUUAAAGAGACGGAGAACAUCAUCUGUUAAUAGUUCAGUAAUAUAAAUAUUUUGUAUUUUUAUGAUGCUGUUUGUUCAGCAUUUUCUGUCAGUUGAUUUUGCAUUUUGCACUUACUCCCAGGAUCUACUCUUUUGGUCAAAAAGAAACGUCAGUGCAGUUUGAGGGGUGUGUGCAUGUGCGUGUGUGUAUGUGUGUGGGUGUACAUAUAGUGGAGAACAAAUUGGAGAACACUUAUUUAACCUUUUCCCCUUUCCCUUUGCAAGUAGAAAUAAAAUGGACCUUCAGCA